AUAUUUUAUAAUCUGUGACAUCGACGAUGAUAUGUCAUUUUACGUUUUUGUAAAUCAUAGUUGUAUUCAUUUGAAAUACCGAAAGUAGAAAAAUAUAUUGAUAUUACAGAGUAAAUAAAGAGAAAAAUGUCGAUUCUAGCUUACAAUGGAGGUGCUGUUGUGGCCAUGAAGGGCCAGGAUUGUGUGGCUAUCGCUACAGACAAACGCUAUGGUAUACAAGCGCAAACAGUGUCGACCAACUUCCCCAAAGUAUUUCAAAUGGGUCCCACAUUGUAUGUUGGUCUACCCGGCCUCGCCACCGACACACAAACUGUGUUCCAGAGAUUGAAAUUCAGAAUGAACUUAUAUGAAUUAAAAGAGAACAGAAUGAUGAAGCCCAAGACAUUCUCAGCGAUGCUCUCCAACUUAUUGUAUGAGAAGCGUUUCGGACCUUACUUCAUUGAGCCAGUCAUUGCUGGUCUCGAUCCCUAUACUAAUGAGCCCUAUGUCUGUAACAUGGAUCUGAUCGGUUGUCCUAAUGAGCCAGAAGAUUUCGUAGUGUCAGGCACAUGCUCCGAACAGUUGUAUGGUAUGUGUGAAGCCCUGUGGGAGCCCAACCUGAAACCUGAUGAGUUGUUUGAGACCAUCUCACAGGCGCUCGUAAAUGCAGCGGACCGUGACGCGAUCUCAGGUUGGGGAGCUGUGGUCUACAUUGUUGAGAAGGACAAAAUCACUGAGAAACAUGUCAAGACAAGGAUGGAUUAGGUUUAUGUGGGAAUGUUUAUUAAUAAAAUAUAAAAGCUA